GACGAAAGGCGUGCAAGUUCAUCCGAUUCGGCUCGGCUCUAUUUUCCAAAUCUGGUGGCCACUCGUUCCUUAUUUUCCUUUUUUCUCUCCCUUCAUUAUCGCUUUCGUCCAUUGGCUGCUUUAUCGGACGGGACUGCACAAAUCGCGUGAGUGUAAGGUGACACAGGGAAACACGAAAAAACGACGGCUCUUCUUAUAGCCUAGGCGUUAUAGUACGAGCUGCAACGACGGUGUGUAGUGAAAUUUAAAGCAGUCCCCCGGAUCGGAUCGUUUCGACACACAUUCCCACCGUUUGCUGCCACUUUCACGCGGAACGUACCUGUCCCCACGGCUGCAAUUUUGUGCCUCGCCCUCCCCCGUCUGGUGUAUGUGCUGUUGCGAACCUUCUCCCGGGAAGAGACUGUGAUACGGAAGUGACGCAUAGAGAAAAAAAAUGACGGAACAACAGAUGGACUGCGCCUUGGAUCUGAUGCGGCGCUUACCCCCUCAACAGAUCGAGAAGAACCUGAUCGAUCUGAUCGAUCUGGCGCCGGCUCUGUGCGAAGAUUUGCUGACGUCCGUGGAUCAACCGUUAAAAAUUGCCAAGGACAAGGAGACGGGCAAGGACUACUUGCUGUGUGACUACAAUCGCGAUGGCGACUCGUAUCGCUCGCCCUGGUCCAACACGUACGAUCCGCCCCUCGAGGACGGUUCGAUGCCUUCGGAGCGGUUGCGCAAGCUGGAGAUCGAAGCAAACCACGCGUUCGAUCAGUACCGCGAGAUGUACUACGAGGGCGGCGUCUCGUCGGCCUACCUGUGGGAUCUGGAGCACGGCUUUGCUGGCGUUAUUUUGAUCAAAAAAGCGGGAGAAGGAAAUCAAAAAACCAAGGGCUGCUGGGACUCGAUCCACGUCGUGGAGGUGCAGGAGAAGAGUUCCGGCCGAACGGCACACUACAAGCUUACGUCGACCGCCAUGCUGUGGCUGCAAACGAACAAACAAGCUUCCGGUACCAUUAAUCUCGGUGGAAGUCUCACCAGACAGAUUGAACAGGAUGCCCCCGUCAGUGAAUCCAGCCCGCACAUUGCCAACAUUGGGCGUAUCGUGGAGGACAUGGAAAACAAAAUUAGAAAUACGCUCAACGAGAUCUACUUCGGCAAGACGAAGGAUAUCGUUAACGGGCUGCGAAGUAUUCAGUCGCUCUCGGAUGCAGACCAGCAGGCCACCAUGAAGCACGACCUAGCUGCAGCAUUGCUACGCCGCACUGGCAAGAGUGAGAACUGAGCUGGUCCGGUCCAGUCCGAUGCCUACCGCCAACAGCAGCAAACAUUGUCAUCGUUAUCCGUAUUCAUCACCACCUAGCAAACAUUUUCGUCGUGUUUCGUUUUCGCGGCCCAUUAGUACGUCAUUUGCUAAAAUAACUUUCUUUCGGUUAGGUUAGAAGGAUAGACAUAGCGGAAAGCACUACGUAAGCCAAGCAAAAGAGACGUCGCGUAAUUAAUAACACGCUAAUCUGGCGUACGAGAGCACGGUCGCUCCGUGUCGGCAGCAGGAAUAGAAAGGGCUCCGUAUAAUAAAACGUAUUGAACGAAUAGCUAAAAUGGGAUGAAUUCCCAUUCGGUUGAAACAGAACCCCGCAUUUGCCCCUAAAAUUGAGACGUUUCUGCAACCGCCCUAGUUCAAAAUGCUUGUAAUCCGAUCGACUCAUACUUUUGUUUGUCACUCUAGCAGCAGUCCUAUUGUUUUUGUCUCCUAUUUUAACGAAUUCUUGAACCGUGCAUAUUAUUUCCUUUGCCAGAAGCAAUAGCGAGCCGACUUCCUAAAAAAACUCCACGGUUGCACCCUCUCGCCAGGCAACAAGAACUGCUGAAUGAAUAAAUUUUAUAUUUAAACGAAACGUGCGACAGUUGAUAGGAUCAUCAAUGCGUUUCGG